AUAAAAGAAAAGCACAUCUCUCUGUGUUCCAUUUUCAACAUCUUACACCAUUCUCUCAGUACCUGGACUAGGGAAAAUCUGACUUGCAUACAUUUUAUACUGUGUCUAUCAAUUGAUUUGCAUCAUGGCUCCCAAGAAGAUCAUCAUCGAUACCGACCCAGUAUGUCCAUCUCAACCAAUUCACCAGCCGCUUCUGCCUCUUAAUGCUAUUGUAUGCUGAUGCGAGCGGCCAAUUCAGGGUAUUGAUGAUAUUCUUGCGAUUCUCCUCGCCUUAUCAGCCAAAGAGGAAGAGGUCGAGGUGCUGUUGAUAUCCUUGACUUUUGGAAAUAUCGAAGUGAGGAGCUGCCUUCGUAAUGUCGUCUCCAUGUUCCAUAUCAUUGAGCGUGAGAUGCAAUGGCGCCGACAACGCGGACUGCCUGAGGGAUUCGGUGCCUUGCGCGCCCUUCGACCAGUCGUGGCGGUUGGCGCAGAGGAUCCCUUGGAUGCACAGAAGAUGCUGGGUGACUAUUUCCACGGGGCGGAUGGGCUCGGAGGAAUCCAUGAGACGCACCCACAUUUCACUCCCAGUGAGACUUGGAAACAUCUCUUUGACCCGUCGGCCAAUCCCCAACACAUUGAAACCGUACAAACGGGAGAUGAGCGACCGUCUUUCCUUCCAUCUACACGUCCUGCACAUCAGGAGAUACUUCGCCUACUGCGUGAGAAUGAUCCGGAUACAGUGACUCUGGUGGCCGUAGGCCCUCUAACUAACCUGGCACUGGCUGCUGCGGAGGAUCCGGAGGCCUUUCUGCGGGUCAAGGAAGUGGUUGUCAUGGGAGGAGCUGUGGACGAGCCUGGGAAUGUCACGCCAACAAGCGAAUUCAAUUCUUAUGCCGAUGCAAUUGCGGCAGCGCGGGUUUUUGCACUGACGUCUCCCUCGCCGGCAAGCACAGUGCCGCCGUCCAGGGGAAAACUCCCAUCAUAUCCCCCCAAACUUAGCAAGCAGCUUACGCUUCGCCUGUUUGCCCUGGACAUCACCCUACGACACAAUAUCACCCGAGGGCUGUUCCGGGAGACAGUCGCACCGCUCAUUGAGUCGGGUUCACCGCUGGCGGAAUGGGUUUCGGCGUUUAUGGCUCAUACGUUCAGAACGCUGGAAGCAAUGCACCCGGGACACACAGGGGACCAGGCACGGCUCAGCCUGCACGACCCGGUGUGUGUGUGGUACGCAUUGACUGCAGAGGACAAGGGCUGGACAGCAAGCGGGGGCUCACCCGAGGAUAUCAGGAUUGAAACCACGGGCCAAUGGACGCGGGGGAUGUGCGUGGUCGACCGGCGCAAUCGACACCGGAUUGAGGAUGACGUCGAGAGCCCACGGGACCACGGGCUGUGGUUGAGCAGUCGAGCGGGCAACCGUAUCUGGCGGAUGCAGGGAUCCCCAGCAGAAGACACGUUUGGGCAGGUGCUGAUGGAGCGGAUAUUCAGCAUUGCGCGUGUAUGAGGGAGCGAUGCGUCCCACGUGCUGGCAUACCUGUCUGGAACGCGAUAAGCUGCGUUAUCUAAAUUAUGUUAGACCUUCUUAGUAAGCAACCAAAUAGAGGCCGGCCAGGGCGCACGUGUAACCUCCCCAGGGCCAAUCAGCGCCCCGGGAUCUGCCGCGUGCCCUGCCCAAGCACGCGACACUGAAGAUCGCCCUCUCCUCCAUUUCUCCCUGCUACUGCUUAGGUUAAUAUAUCAGUGCUAUGCAUGCCCUCCGUAGUCCAGGCCCUCUG